UUCCGAGCAGCAUAGUCUCUGGCAGUGGCUAUCUAUCAGGGUUUUUACUUUAAACCAAGAUAAACUAAUAUCCUACCCGUGUUUUUAUUCGCGCCGUUUUGUUCACCGACCUCCAUCAGCAUGUCUGGCUUUGACGACGCGGGAGUGUAUUAUAGUGACAACUUCGGAGGAGAGGGACCCGGCCUGGAUGAAGGGGGACAGAAGAGGACCCAUAUCAAGAAACGGUUCCGUGAGUUCCUCCGGCAGUUCAGAGUGGGGACCGACCGCACCGGCUUCACAUACAAAUACAGAGAUGACCUGAAGAGACACUACACCCUGGGGGAAUACUGGGUGGAGGUGGAGAUGGAGGACCUCGCCAGCUUUGACGAGGAUCUGUCUGACUGUCUUUACAAGCUGCCUACAGAGAAUCUGCCACUGCUGGAGGAAGCCGCAAAGGAGGUAGCGGACGAGGUGACCCGCCCCCGUCCUGCUGGAGAGGAGACGGUGCAGGACAUCCAGGUGAUGCUGAAGAGUGACGCUCAUCAGGCUUCCAUCCGCUCCCUCAAGUCCGAGCAGGUGUCCCGCCUGGUGAAGGUUCACGGCAUCGUCAUCUCAGCCACGGCGGUGCGUGCGAAGGCCACCAGGGUGUGUCUGCAGUGUCGUAACUGUCGCACCAUCAUCAACAACAUCCCUCUGCCUCCAGGCCUGCAGGGCUACGCUCUGCCACGCAAGUGCAACUCUGAUAAUCCCGGAAGAGUGAAGUGUCCCAUUGAUCCCUACUUCAUCAUCCCGGACCGUUGCGCUUGCGUCGACUUCCAGACGCUCCGCCUGCAGGAGUCUCCGGAUGCUGUGCCACAUGGAGAAAUGCCCCGUCACCUCCAGCUCUACUGUGACAGGUACCUGUGUGACCGGGUGGUGCCAGGGAACAGAGUGACCAUCAUGGGAAUCUACUCCAUCAAGAAGAUGGCUGCUGUAAAGGCUAGAGGCAAUGAGAAGAGCGCCGGCGUGGGCAUCCGUGCAUCUUACCUGAGAGUGGUGGGCAUCCAGAUUGACACAGAAGGAGCAGGUCGUGGUGCUACUGGAUCAGUCUCUCCACAGGAAGAGGAGGAGCUGAGAGCGCUGGCUGCUUCUCCAAAUAUCUACGGCUCUCUGGCACGCUCCGUCGCUCCCUCCAUCUACGGCAGCGACGAUCUAAAGAAGGCCAUCACCUGUCUGUUGUUCGGAGGUUCGAGGAAGAGGCUGCCUGAUGGUCUCACACGCAGGGGGGACAUCAACCUGCUGAUGCUGGGAGAUCCUGGUACAGCCAAGUCUCAGCUGCUCAAGUUUGUGGAGAGGUGUUCACCUAUCGGGGUUUAUACCUCAGGAAAGGGAAGCAGUGCUGCUGGUCUGACUGCCUCUGUGUUGAGGGACCCUAACACCCGUGGGUUCAUCAUGGAGGGAGGAGCCAUGGUGCUGGCUGACGGAGGAGUCGUGUGCAUCGACGAGUUUGACAAGAUGAGAGAAGACGACAGAGUGGCCAUCCACGAAGCCAUGGAGCAACAGACUAUCUCCAUCGCCAAGGCCGGCAUCACCACUACACUGAACUCUCGCUGCUCAGUCCUGGCCGCUGCCAACUCCGUGUUCGGCCGCUGGGAUGACACAAAGGGGGAAGACAACAUCGACUUCAUGCCCACCAUCUUGUCCCGUUUUGACAUGAUCUUCAUCAUCAAAGACCAGCACGACCAGCAGAGAGACAUGACGCUGGCUCGCCACGUGAUGAAUGUUCACCUGAGCGCUCAGACGCAGACCGAAGGCGUCGAGGGCGAGAUUCCACUGGCCACAUUUAAGAAAUACAUCGCCUAUUCCAGAGCUAAGUGCGGCCCCCGCCUCUCCGCCGCUGCUGCCGAGAAGCUGAAAAACAGAUACGUGGUGAUGAGGAGCGGAGCCAGAGAGCACGAAAGAGAGUCUGACAAAAAACCCUCGAUCCCCAUCACUGUCAGGCAGCUGGAGGCCGUGGUGCGUAUCUCAGAGUCUCUGGCCAAGAUGAAGCUGCAGGCCGUAGCUGGAGAGGAAGAGAUUGACGAGGCUCUCAGACUCUUCCAGGUGUCCACGCUGGACGCUGCGCUCUCUGGAAGCCUUUCAGGAGUGGAGGGCUUCACUUCUCAGGAGGACCAGGAAAUGGUCUCGCGUGUCGAGAAGCAGCUGAAGAGACGCUUUGCCAUCGGCUCCCAGGUGUCCGAGCACAGCAUUGUACAAGACUUCACCAAACAGAAAUAUCCCGAGCACGCCAUCUACAAAGUCCUCCACCUGAUGUUGAGGAGGGGGGAGCUUCAACAUCGCAUGCAGAGAAAAGUGCUCUACAGAGUCAAGUAGAGCAGACUGUGCUCUAACACAUAUCCAUAUUGUUCUUGAUGUAAAUAGUUUUUUCUAUUCAUGCUUUUUGUCUAUUUGUAAAGUGGACUUCUUCAUUUCUGAUGUCAGUCAUGGUGAAACUGAAAACUGUCUGAUGUAUACUAGAACCAUGAAAACAUGUUUUAGGGUGUCACUGUUCAGCUCUGUAUCAACACACAGGUGUUAUCAAAUGUC